AUGACCAAGCCGUUCGCACGUCUGCCGACUUGUGUGGCUCCCUCCAAGUACUUCCUCGACUACGUCGUGGACCUCGAUCACUGUCGUUUCGAGGUGAGCGAGCGCGUUCUUUUCUCUGUCUCGCAGACGACGCGUACCAUUACUUGCCACGCUCUAGAGCUACACGUGUUCGACGUCUCUGUGACCAUCGCCGGUCGUUCAACCCCCAUCAAAUGCAGCGAGAUCCGCUGCUUGGCAGCCGAUCAAACGGUCGAACUUGUACUUGAUGAUGAGCUUCCGGCAGGUUGCGAGGCGGAAUUGACGCUCACGUGUCACGGAGAACUCAACAACAAGCUUCACGGCUUCUACCGAAGCGCGUACGACCACGAGCUGGCGGGUGAGACGCGCCUCAUGGCCGUGACGCAGUUUGAGGCCUGUGACGCACGCCGCGCCUUCGUGUGCUGGGAUGAGCCUGCCAUUAAGGCGAAGUUCGAGAUCUCGCUCUCUUGCGACGUCGAGUUGACGGCCAUUUCCAAUGCCCACGUAGUCCAGACGCUCGUGCGACCUCGAGCCAAUAACGCGCACAUCCGAACUCAGUCACGACCCCAAAGCUCAACACUCGAGAAGGUCUGGAGGUUUGCCGAGACGCCUAUCAUGUCCACGUACUUAGUGGGGAUGAUCGUAGGCGAGUUCGACUCGGUGUCCACUGUCACCAAAGAGGGCGUGCUCGUGUCAGUGUAUACACCAGUGGGGCGCAGUGAUCGUGGCAAAUUUGCUCUUGAGGUGGGGGCUCGAGCGCUGUCCUUUUACACCGAAAGAUUCGGCAUCCCGUACCCUUUGAAGAAGAUGGAUAUGUUGGCUAUCCCCGACUUCGCAGCUGGAGCUAUGGAGAACUGGGGGGUCGUUACGUAUCGUGAGACGAGACUUUUGAUUGACGAGCAACUGAGCAGCUUCGGACAGAAGAUGGCUACAGCGAGGACUGUGUGUCAUGAGAUCGCCCACCAAUGGUUCGGCAACUUGGUGACGAUGGAGUGGUGGACAGGUCUGUGGCUCAACGAGGGCUUUGCUCGCUUCAUGGAGUUUGAGGCGGUGCACAGUAUCUUCCCCGAGUGGAAUGUGUGGGAAGUGUUUGUUCAGGACAUCACGAUGAGUGUCGCGAUGGGCAAGGACUGCAUGCUCACGUCCCAUCCGAUCGAGGUCAGGGUGAACCACCCAGACGAGGUAGACCAGAUCUUUGACGUCAUCUCGUACGCCAAGGGUGCCAGUGUCAUCCGCAUGCUGUCGGAAUAUCUUGGUCGCGACGUCUUUUACCGCGGUAUUCACGAAUACCUGGUCAAGUUCAGCUACCGGAACGCACAGACGCAGGAUCUGUGGGAGUCACUGGAACAGGCUUCAGGUCAGCACAUUAAAUCGCUGGCCAGUGGCUGGACCAGUCAGACCGGAUACCCGAUGGUGACGUUGUCCGAGGACGGCACUUUGGUCCAGGAACGCUUCUUGGCGGACCAAACUCUUAAGGAAAAGGCGGAGGAAAAGGUCGCGUGGGAUGUGCCGCUGACUUUCGUGGCUUCGGACAAGCCGAAGGAGAUCCAACGCGUGGGGAUCUGGGAGCGCAAUGCGUCGAAGGAAGCUACUGCUGCUUUGGCGGAUAAAUUGCGUGCACGUGCUGACACCUCAUCGUGGAUUAAGUUGAAUGCGAACCAGGCUGGGUUCUUCCUCGUCAACUACUCCCCAGAAGGCUGGAAGCGUCUGCAGCAGCCUGUUCGUGAAAAAAUGCUGGGAGCUGUGGACCGCAUGAGCUUGCUGAACAGCAUCUUCGCAUUUGCUCGUAGCGGUGAGCUACCAGUAACGCGCGCUUUGGACUUCAGCUUCGCAUACGCCGAAGAACCGGAGCAUCUGUGCUGGAAGGAGAUCUCAUCCAACCUGCGCUUCUACAGCACCCUUUACAGCGCUGACUCGUUCUACCCGAAGCUACAGGCCUACAUCCGUCAGCUCUUCGCGUCGAUCAUGAAGAGACUGACGUGGGAGGCGGCAGAAGGCGAAAGCUCGACGGUGGCUCCGUUCCGACGUGAUGUCAUCAGUAUGCUCGCGCUAGGGGACGACCCACAAGUAAUCGCCGAGACCCAGCGUCUGUUCCAAGCGUACUUUGAGGACAGCUCUGCGCUGUCGGCUGAUCUGCGUGGUGUUGUCUUUAACGCCCAGGCGAGACGAGGUGAUGCGUCUCACUUGAAGCUGCUGCGUGAACGGUACGAGGCCAGUAACUUUAUCGAGGAGAAACUGGACUGUCUCACUGCGCUGGGUCUGUUCAAGUCGCUGGAGCGCAAGCGUGAGGUGAUUGCGUGGGGGCUCAAGAACGUCCGCUCACAGGACAUCCAGUACGUUUUCAGUAGUGUCGCAGCGGAUGCUUCAGGCGCAGAGUUUGCGUGGAAAUAUGUGCAGGAGCACUGGACGGAGCUUAAUGAGCAGUAUCGCCCCUUGAUCGUGGGCCGCAUCGUCAUGUCCGUGGUCUCGCGUUUCCAGAGUGAAGGUCAUGCACAGGACGUUGAGACCUUCUUGGAGACGAGGAAGCACUCAUCGUACACGCGAUUGUUGGACGCCGCACUGGAGCGUAUUCGAGUGAAGGGCGCUUGCUACCAGCGCAACCGCAACGACUUGGCCAAGUGGUUGGAAGCGAUUUGA